AUGACUUGUAAUCAUAUAACAGAAACGAACGUUAGCAUUCCUAAUGGAUAUCAAACUGUCUAUCGGGAAGAAUGCGUUCGAUGCUUUGUUUCUCAGGAUUCUGAAAGUGGGAUUGAUCUCUGUUUAGCUUGCUUUGAAUCGGGAUGUGGACCAAACGAGCACAACCAUUCAAAAACACAUCUCGAUCAAAAACAACAUCCUAUUAUGCUGAAUAUAAAAAGAAAGCUCAAACCAGAAACGUGUGGAGAGCCUUUGCGAAAAGUUACUAAACUAGAGAUUCGGGAAGAAUCAGAGGAGGAUAUUUAUAAUUGGUUUUAUCAGCCCCAUUGUCUAAUUUGUAAAACUGAUCUGGAUAUUCAGCAACCUCUGCUUUCAGCAUCAUUUGAGGCAGUCAUUAAAGCGCCAAAAGCCUCCAACAAAAGUCAAGUCAAGGCUUGGGAGAACGAAAUCGUUCCAUGUGAGCAUACACUUUGCCUUCAGCCUCAAGCUGAUUAUAUCCCCGACUUAAAAGAUACGAAAUGCUUUGGUUGCGAUCUGAAAGAUAACUUAUGGAUGUGUCUGCAUUGUGGAAUUUUGAGCUGCGGACGCAAGCAAUAUGGAGGAGGUGGCGGUAAUGGACACGCGAUAGAACAUUUUAAAAAAUUCGAGCAUGCUGUCUCUGCAAAACUAAAAAGUAUUACACCGGAUGGCCAUGCUGAUAUCUAUUGCUACAGUUGCGAUGAGGAAAGAAUUGACCCGUAUAUUGAAGAUCAUUUGACAACUUUCCAAAUCGACAUGAAAAAACUUAAUAAAACUGAAAAAUCAUUGGCUGAAAUGCAGUUGGAGCAGAAUUUAAAUUGGGAUUUUGGAACUUCUGAAGAAGAAUCAGGUGCUACUCGUUUAUUUGGACCAGGACUUACAGGAUUAAAAAAUUUGGGAAAUAGUUGCUAUUUAGCUUCUACAAUGCAGGCUUUAUUUUCCGUUAAGGAAUUUGCUGAUUUUGAGCUAGAUUUAUUCAAUACAUGCAACCCUAGCUGUGAUCGUCCGGCUUCAAAUUUACAAUGUCAGCUUUCCAAAUUGGCUGAAGGGUUAUGUUCUGGAAGAUUUUCCAAGCCAAGCGAACUUGGACGCCAGACAACGGACUCUUCUUCUAUGCUCCCUUUUCAAGAUGGUUUACGACCUUAUAUGUUUAAAGACGUCAUUGGCCAAGAUCAUCCAGAAUUCGGUACAGCUCAACAGCAGGAUGCAUAUGAAUUUUUAGUUUACCUCUUGGGUAUAAUCCGUAAAAACAGCAUUGGAAAUCGCGAUAUUUCUACUCUUUUCGAUUUUGAAAUUGAACAAAAGCUACUUUGUCUUUCGUGUAAGCGUGCACGUUACUCGGCAUUCACAUCCCAAGGACUUACAAUCCCUGUUCCACGAAGGAAAAUAGGAGAAGAAAAUGGUGAAGGCAUAUACGAAGAAGUUACUUUAAAUGAAUGUUUGGACUCGGCCAUUCAGCCUGAUAGUAUGGAUUAUACUUGUGAGGCUUGCAAGAGUAAGCAAGGGGCUACAACCCAAUUAUCAUUAAAAACAUUUCCCAAGGUUCUAGCUUUACAACUGAAUCGUUUCGAUAUCCAGGCUUUUCAAGUUAAAAAAUUGGGGAUUCCCGUAAAGGUUUCGGAAGAAGGACUAUACAAGUUAGACCAUCUCCUUGUGAAGUCUCGACCUGAAGGUGAAGAAUUAUUGCCUGAAGCCGGUCUCGCAAUCAGUUGGAAUGAACAGGCUAUGGAGCAACUUCAAGCUAUGGGCUUCCCAUUAAUUCGUUGUCAGAGGGCUAUGCUGGCUACCAACAAUGCUGAUGCCGAGACUGCCAUGAAUUGGCUUUUCGAGCAUAUGGAGGACCCUACAAUAGAUAACCCCAUAGACAUAUCUGAACUUAAACAAGCUACUAAGAGUGGUACUGUGCCUGAUGAUAAGGUACAAUCUCUAUGUGAAUUUGGAUUCCCAGAAGCGCGGGCUACAAGAGCACUUUUGGAAACCAAUAAUGACGUUGAAAGAGCUGUUGAUUGGAUCCUGAACCAUCCAGAUGAAACGUUUGAAGAAACAACGAGCGAAGCACGGGGAUCAAUGGAAGCCGAAAAAGUGAAAUACGAUACGAAUUCUUUACCUGCAAACUACCAACUGAAAGCAAUCAUUAGUCACAAGGGUGGUAGUGCACAUGCGGGGCAUUAUGUAGCAUUUAUUCGAAAAGAGAUUGAAGGUCAAGGUGUUUGGGCUCUUUAUAAUGAUGAGAAGGUUCUCAAGGUGUCGUCGCUAGAAGAAGCAAAGGCUACCGGAUAUGUCUACAUAUUAGAGCGAAUAGACAAUUGA